AUGAUCCCCGACGAGACCAUCGAUCGCCUCUUGGCCCACGUCCGCCCCCACAUCCAACGCCAUGUUGACCAGCAGGCUGCAGACCCCAGUCAACGGAAACCCUUCAUCCUGGCCCUGACCGGUCUACAGGGCAGCGGCAAGACCACCUGGACCUCCGCCCUUGUGCGGUCGCUGAACGAGAAACACCACUUCCGCACCAUCAACGUCUCUCUCGACGACUUCUACCUGCCGCACGAGGGCCUGGUGCGCCUGCGCCAGUCUAACCCGGCCAAUGCCCUGCUCCAGAUGCGCGGCCAGCCCGGCACCCACGACACCGCGCUGGUCCGCGAGUUCUUCGACACCUUGACCGUGACCACAGAAACUUCGCCGCGGGUGGUCUGCAUCCCCGAAUUCGACAAGAGCCGCUUCCACGGCGAGGGCGACCGCGUGCCCCGCGACGAGUGGAGCCACGUCCCUGUCUCGCUGGACUCGCCGGUGGACGUGCUGGUGCUGGAGGGGUGGUGUGUGGGCUUCCAACCGCUGAGUGAAGAGGCCAUCGAGGCCAAGUGGACGGCGGUCAAGGCGCAUCCCCCGGAGUCGGGGGCGGCGGACUCGGACUCCGGAUUCCCCACGCAAACCCUGCAGAACCACGAGCUGUCCAGCUAUUUCACUAUCAACGCCAGCCUGCGCAACUACUGCGACAUGUUCAUGGGGCCCCACCACCUGGACUUCCUGGUGCAUCUCGACACCGACGAUCUGGCCAACGUCUACCGCUGGCGCAUGCAGCAGGAACAUGCCUUGCGGCGGGUGAAGAAUCAGGGCAUGACGGACGAGGAGGUUGUGGCCUUCGUUAAGGGGUACAUGCCGGCCUACGAGCUGUAUCUGGAUCAAGUGCGCGAGGGCAUCUUCCGGGGAUUGUCGGAGGAGGAGCGUGCGCGCAAGGGCCAGGCGAGAGUGGUUCUGGGGCAAGAUCGGACGGUCCUGGAUAUUGUUGGUUAUAGCUAG